AUGGGAAACUCGCACACCAAGGAGGCGAGGGACCCUAACGCUCCCUUGUCCCCUCACGAUCCUCGAUCACAUGCAUCCGGCCAUCACGCAUCCGGCUCCUCGUCCAGCAGACCCAGAAACCGAGCCAGCCGAUCCGAUCUCGGCGGACUCUUCGGAAUCAGCGCCGGCUCCUCAUCCUCGACACAACCCCCAUACGAACGACGGGAGACGAAGCAAGAGCGAGAGGCGAGGAAGCUCGAACGAGAAAGACAGGCGCGUCUCAUAGAGAGAGAACGAAGCUUGAAAGAGGAGCAUGUGGAUGGUGGAUAUCUGGUUACAUUGGGUACAUAUGUCGGCACAGAGGACUUUAACAAGGCAGUAGUUCGACAAUUGCAGAUCGAGCGAAGAUUGGCGCCAUUCUGGAGAGGCCUGAACGACUUCUCAGAGACAUGGACCGAGUACCAAAUAGUUGCAGCUGCUCGGGGUCUACCUUUGCCUGCCGCCGAUGCCAUUCCCCCGGAUGAGCUGAUACCCCGACCUAUAUCAGCCACCUCGCCCGCGGCUUCUACACAAAACAUUGAUAGUCUCAUGGUGCCUAUGGGUGGCAGGACACAGUCCACCGCAUCCGACAGGAGCGGCUCAGGACUCGGCUCUAGUUUGCCGUCCCCCACCUCGGCACCGAGCAGCAAGAGUCCCUUUAAACGAUCCAAAGGCAUCGCAGCGGCGCUGAACCUGUCAUCCUCGCGUAACAACUCGACCACUGACAUAGCAGCGCCUCGCGAGAUAAAGCUCCCGCAUGAUCCUUUUGUGAAUGGUCAGCCCAUGGAGGUGUUUUUGUACAAGGACGGAAGCGAGUGCCCCAUCUGCUUCCUGUACUAUCCGCCCUACCUGAACCACACACGAUGCUGUGACCAGCCCAUCUGUAGCGAAUGCUUUGUGCAGAUAAAGCGUGCCGAUCCUCACUACCCCGACGGCCAUGGCGACGCCCAAAACUCGGAGAGGCCCCCGGAGGAGCAGGCUGGUUUGCUGAUUUCGGAGCCGGCCUGCUGUCCCUACUGCCAACAGCCAGAGCUCGGUGUCACGUACGACCCCCCACCGUUCCGCCGCGGUCUGACGUAUUCGAGUCCAACUCCGCACAUGGGCACCAUGGGCACGGCCAUGUCCAGCAGCAGCUCGCUCAACUCAAGCCUCUCCCCGUCGUCCCUGGCAUCCCCGACAAGCAUGGGACACAGCAGAAGACGAACGCAAUCACUGUCGGCUAAUGCCCCGAACGUCGUCACAACGGACCGCGUGAGGCCGGACUGGGCGACAAAGCUUGCCGCGCAGCGGGCACAUAUUGCGCGGCGUGCUGCGGCCGCCACUGCCCUGCACACGGCGGCAUUCCUGAUGAGCAACAACGAGCAGCAACGGUCCCUUAGGAUAGGAAGGUUCAGCAGACGCAACACAGCCGAGAGGACCGCGCCGGGACCAUCGACCAACGCAGCCGCGAGCAACAGCCCCGCCAGGCCAGAGGCCGCUGCAGCUGAGAGCGAAUCUGCGUCUCCAGGGACCGGAGAGGCGAGAAGCAGCUCCGGUCGGGGGAUCAUGGGUGCGCGCAGGAGCCGUAUGGAGGACCUCGAGGAGAUGAUGUUUGCCGAAGCCAUCAGGUUGUCUCUGGCUGCGGAGGAAGAGCGGAAACGCAAGGCAGAGAAGGAAGAACGCAAGGAAGCCAAGCGCAAGGAGAAGGAGGACAAGAAGGCUGCCAAGGCCGCAGCCAAGAGCUCUGGGUCCGGGCCGUACACGGGCUCCAGCGGUAACAGCUCCAUCGCCGGCAGCGCCCUCAGCUUGCCCGGCCUCGGUCUGGGAAGGCGGCGGGGAAACAGUGCCGCUUCAAACCUGCGCAUGGAGGCCAGUGUGGCUAGCGCCGUGGCCGCAUCGGGAUCGGGCAGUCCAGAAUCGGCGACAGCUGCUGGUGGUGACAAGGGGAAGGGGGUCGAGAGGCCAAUGGCAGCAAAUUCUGGAGACUCCAGUGAACACGCAGAGGCCGGUGCCUCUUCGAGCAUGCCCGCCGGGUCCCAGCCCAUCUCAUCACCACAACGGCCUGGCGGUCAUUCCCACCUGCGCCAGAUCAGCAACGUAUCGUCGGUCUCGGAUUCGUCCUUCGUUGACGCUUCGGGCGGUGUUGCUGACGAAGGGCGGACGGCAGCGACUGGUGUCGAGCCCACUCCAAACAUGACCAGCUUGUCGGAAGUGGUGGACGUUCUGGACGAGGUUGACCAUGCGAAAUCCCAUGACGCCACAGAGGUGCAGCAUCUUGAGAACGCAUCCGACAACAAGCCGCCGAGCAAGGACGCCGGAGAAGCACCGUCCCCUCCGGAGUUGGUGGUAACGCCAGGAACCCCUGCGCUUAACAACGAGGGCUUUGAGACCAACAAACAGCUGGACAUUAAGCCCACUGCGCAGCACGAUGAUCAGCAGCAGCAGCGCCAGCAGUCCGCGUAA